GCGCUUCCCAGGAGGCAGCAGGGGCCGAAGCGCAGCGUCCGUACUUUCGUUUUCAGCGCCUUCGCGUCCCUGCUGGUCGCAGCAGAAAAUAGAAAAGACCGGGAGCUGGGAAGAGGCACAGACGCAGCUGAAGCGCUUCUACCCCCAUCUUCCAAGAGGAACAAAUCCUGGGAGGCUGUGACUUUGUGGCAAGACGAAUGCUGUGGAAAAAAAUAUGGCAUAUCAAGCAGUUUCACAGAGAGAUGUUGAUCCUGCCAGACCAGAGGAAGGCAGAGAAUCAGAAUUGAGGAUUAUCCUGGCUGGCAAGACUGGAGCUGGGAAAAGUGCCACAGGAAACACCAUCCUUGGGGAGCCAGUGUUUGAUUCCAGGCUUCACGCACAGACGACGACUGUGGCCUGCCAAAGAGGUCACGGGAGCUGGAAUGGCAGGGCUGUUGCAGUGAUUGACACAGCCGAUAUUUUUGACUCGGAAGCCUGCAGUGAAGAAUCAGGAAAAGAGAUCAAGCGCUGCAUUGACCUCUCCAGGCCUGGCCCUCACGCCCUGGUGUUGGUGACCCAGGUGGGCCGUUUCACUGCGGAGGAUGAAGCAGCAGCGAACCAAGUCCAAGAUGUGUUUGGGGAGGAGGCCCCCAAGCACAUGAUCGUCUUGUUCACCCGCAAAGAAGAUUUAGGAGAGGGCUUGUCCUUGCAGGAGUAUGUGACGCAGUCCGAUAACAAGGCUCUCCUGGACUUGAUUCAGGAAUGCGGGGGCCGCACCUGCGCUUUCAAUAACAGGGCAGGCGGAGCAGAGCGGGACGGGCAGGUCUCUGAGCUGAUGGAGAUGGUCCAGUCAAUGGUUCAAGAGAAUAAAGGAAAACAUUACCAAAAUAAGAUGUAUUUAGAGCCCAACUUAACACUUGCAAUGCUCAGAUCUUUCAUGGCAGAAAACAGAAUAGCCAGAAAAUGGGCAAGGCGGAAGAAUGUCUAUCACGUGUUAGUGUGUUUGUUGAUUGCUGGAAUCGUUGUGUGUGUGUGUAGUUUGAUAGCUUUCAUUUGUUGGGAUCUGGGUUUUCUUGGAACAAGCCAAUAGCUUCCGAAAUCACUUUAUCAUUUCUUUUCCAGCCCUUUUUAUUCUUACAUUGAUGCAGCAUCCCUCCUUUCCUGCCCUCCCACAACUACAAUUGUUAUUUGGACUACAAUGCCCAUCAGCCAUAGUCAAUAUGGCUAAUGGUCAGGUGGUGUAAUCCCAAAUAUCUGGUGGGCUCCAGGUUGGGGAAAGGUGCAUUAGGGUAACGUUUGUUCCUGGAGUGAAGAACAAUUAUAUCAGGAGCAAAUUAGCUUAUUCCCUUUGCAUAAACCAGGGCAGCAUAACUUGAACAUAGCAAUUAAAGCUGCCCUUUGUAUCUAAUCAUAGCAUUGAGACAUAUCACACCUUAUUGCAAUUUAUACGCAGUCGCUCUGAAUUUGUUCAUUGUGUCCACUAAAGUUGUGGAAACCCACACUCCCGGGCCCUCACCUAGGCCAGAGCCUAUGGACAACCCUCUGUCAGGGAUGCUUUAGGGUGGAUUCCUGCAUUGAGCAGGGGGUUGGACUCGAUGGCCUUGGAGGCUCCUUCCAACUCUACGAUUCUAUGAUUCUAUGAUUUGUUUGCCACCAUUCAUGGGUGGAUUCCUGCAUUGAGCAGGGGGUUGGACUCAAUGGUCUUGUAGACCCCUUCCGGCUCUGCUAUUCUAUGAUUCUAUGAUCUUAUUAUUAUUAUUAUUAUUAUUAUUAUUAUUAUUAUUAUUAUUUAUUUAUUUAUUUAUAUAGCACCAUCAAUGUACAUGGUGCUGUACAGAUAACACAGUAAAUAGCAGGACCCUGCCGCGUAGGCUUACAAUCUAAUAAGUUGUAGUAAACAAUAAAGAGGGAAGGAGAAUGCGAACAGGCACAGGGAAGUGUAAACAGGCACUGGGUAGGGUGAAGCUAAACAGUAUAGAGUCAGAACAAACUGGUUUUCACACUUCCAAGGGCUGAGCUUGUAAAGACCUGGGAAGUUCAUUUUAUAGCAGUCUGAUUUUAUGAUGAAUUGCUGCAUUUUAAUUUAUAACUUGUUCUAAGUUGUCAACAAUAAAAUAGGCUACAUAUUUAAA